GGUUGACUAAAAGCCUGGAUAAAAUGUCAAUUAGUGACAUUGUCAGAUCGUCAGUCAGCUACGAAAAUAAAGUCAGAGGCCAAGAGUUAAAAAUCUCAAUAACAAAACAACAUUCAAUUGCCUGCAGUGAAAGUGAAAAGUGCCAGUUUGUGCGGUUUUCGUUUUGCAAUGUGGCCAGUUCGCUUAUUGCCGGUUAACAGUGUUUAACGCGUUGUCAGGUGAUGUGCGGCUAUGCUGCCAUUCCCCUAGUGCUAUCAUGGCUGAACAUUGUGAAUUUGCUGAUAUCCUCAAUUUUACAACGUCCGAAUUCGCACUGGGCAGACAGCGGUGUAGGAAAUGGGUCUCCCUAAUCACCCAGCAAUUGAGGCUGCGCCAUGUGUACCAAAUAUUCGCUUACAACAUUCCCGAGGAGAAAAAGGCCAGUUACUACUUCACCCUCCACAACACUCCCAUGUCUUCGCCAUUUUACACCAGCGAAAAGUUGGAGAGCAAGAAUCCCAAGUGGAAAGAGCUGCCCCAUAGCAGUUCGAUGAACACCAACAUGUCUUCGGUGGUGGUGCGAGUGUGGAAGAGCUCCAAACUGAAAGACCAGAUCAUUCUGACCUGGGGGGUGAAUUUUUCCGGCUUGGUCUAUCUGGGGAACAAAAUUACAGACCUACAGCCGAAAUACUUCAAAGCCAAUACUGUGAUAUUUUUUAUGCAAGGUGUAUAUUUUACUAGUCAAGAUUGUUUGCGGAACGACGUGGACGCGCCCUUUAAGAACAACCUGAAUCUACUGCCAACCUCACCUGGUGGCCUGGUUUUGUAUAGGAGGGCGGCGAUAAAGGCGCCGAAGGGAGAAAUCGCCAGCAGCUACACUCUGGACAAACUGAGGAAAUUGCAGCAAUUGCAGCGAGAGCUCAAAAGGAGGAAACUUGAUGUACAGAACAUCAGGGAGAGGAUUCAGAGUGCCUCUGAAAGAGAGUCGAAACAAGAUGACUACGAGCUACAAAUCUCCAGCUCCAGCAACAUCAGAUUCGCUCCGCAGCUGCUCACAAUGAACCAUCUGAAUAAAUUGCUGCAUGAAAAGCCGACGAAAGCCGAAAGGCAGGCAAUGAACGCUGCCAGUAAGAGCAUUGAAACGUGCAGAUUCCGGCUGCGGAUGCUGCAUGAGGAGAGAGACAGACGAAGCGUUUACUUGAGGAAGCUGAAGCAGCAGCAAGUUGCCUUGAUUGAGGAGAAUGAGAAGCAAAAUUGCAGUUUGAUGUCUCUUUAUCAUAUACUGGGCAAAGAAUCUCAACACUGGGAAGAAUACAUGCAAAACCUCACCAGCAGUAGGGAGCUCCUACUGAGCCUUAGCGAGCAAUUGAGGCUGCGCCAGACCGAUUUGCUUAAGGAGCUACUUUUUAUCUAUCCAAUAGACAAGCUGCCCAACCAGAACAAGUACACCAUGUUGGGGAUUCACUUGCCCGACUCCGAGCUGCUUCUAGACUAUCAAGAUGCAGGCGUCUCGGUGGUGUUGGGCUACAUUUGCCAUAUACUGAUAAUGUGCUCGAUAUUCUUGCAAGUUCCUCUGAGACACCCAGUCAAACAUUUCGGAUCCAGAUCAGUCAUUUACGAUCAGGCCUAUCCGGAUAUACCGGACAAAGAAAGAGAAUUUCCGCUCUAUACCAAAGGAAGGGAUCGCGCGCAUUUUAGCUACGCAGUGUUCCUGCUGAACAAAAACAUCAGCCAACUUAGAUGGUUUAUGCAUCGGAAGUUAACCGUGGACUUGAAGGAGACUCUAAAACAUCUCCGCCACCUUCUAUUGGGCGAAGAUGUGGAGGAACAGCGACCCGGCAUGGGAUUUACGUUGCACCUGGACAAAAAAAUGACAACCGAAUCGUCUAGGGCGGACAACGCUGCGUCCCUGGACAAGCUGAUUAGUCCGUCGUCCCUUUCUAGCCUGUCAAGCUCUAAUUUAAACGAUCCUCUAUUAGACAGACUCACUGAUGAUCUGAGGGUGCAACGGAUCGGAUCGCCGCCCCAUUCGCCCCAACCAACGCCCAAGAAAAAGUUCAGUCUCUUCGGCAAAUCGACGGCAAAAAAACCGGACAACUGUGACCAAAGUCCGAAGUGUUCCAACGAAGUUUUGGCUGUGCCCGAGGCCUAUUUGAACCGGCAGAUUAGCAAGGAUCUGUUUCACCGGUGCGCAUCCGGGGGAUUUAAGUUCGAGGCGAGCGAGAGCAGUGCUAUUGAAAUUCGCGAAGGAGUUGAAAUUGUGAGGCUGGAGGACUCAGAUUCAAUUGAAGAAGGUUCUAUGGGGGUUUUUUUAGGUACAGACCCGCUGGAUCCUUCAGCCAAUCUCGACUCGAUGAUCACCAAGUCAAUUGAUAUUAGGAAGGAGUCGGCACGAGGCGACGAGGACCGGUUUAGUCGGUCAAUGGACUCUUAUGCUAGAGAAGAUUUGACUGACUUGGAUGAAUUUCCAAGCGAUUCGGUUAUUGAGGCCUCUAAAGCGAACAGCCGGAGCUUGUCCUCAGUGUCUGCCGAUGUUCACGUGGGCAACCAACAGUUGUUGAAGCAAUGGCUUUCUAGCGACAUGGACACGAUAUCGUCCAAUGAGGGUCUGUUUGAGCAUGAAAAGCCUGCGGUGGAGAAUAGCGAUGUGUCCAGCCCUCUCACCGAGCGAACUGACCGGCUGCUUUCCACCAAUCAGUCGUUCAAUCUGGUUAAACACCGACCGCUGGACUAACCGAGGCUUGCUUUCACGUUCAUAUUGAGCCCUCGAGGCUGGAAGAAGCAAAACUGCCAAUAAAGCCGGCAACUUUAGGGA